UGCUACAAAAAAAAAGGAUGUGGUAAUUAAUCGAAAAAUUAUUGUUGAGAUUGCACCACCUGAGACUGCUUAAAUGAUCACAAAAAUCACCCUCUUGGCCAGGUAUUAAUGCUAGAGUUGUCUUAACUGCGUUUAAAUAGUCUUAUUUUAACUAUAAUCAAUAGUUUUUGUAUAUUCAUAAAGAACCUACACAAAACGGUGACGACGUUAAAUCCUAAAUUGGGGAAUGUGGACUUUUUAGUUGUUGUGAAGGCCACUCGCCUAUGAAAAAAGAAGCUCUGAUAUAAAACUCUGAUAUUUUUUUGUUAUUAGCUUUUAUAACAGUAAGACUUUUAACGUUUCUUAGAUUGAGCUACUCUCACAAAAAAUUAAUCCAAGCUUAUCAGUUAAAAUUCUGAAUACAUUAAAGAUGGUGUUUCUAAUGUGCGUGAAAUGAGAAGACUUUUAAAUAUUACUGUCAAUGAAAUGUUUGGAAAGAAAAAUCUUCCUUCUAAAACCAACAGAAGAUUUUAUCCAAGAACUGACAUAAUUCAUUCGCACAUGGUUAAAGAGCGUCUAAAGCAAAGAUACUCGAACAUCGACCAGGACUGCUUAGAAAUCAAAAUAAAAGAAUGGAAAGAAGCUGACUCGUCUGUCAAUAUCUAUUUUCGACCUAAAGAACGAGGUAACAGUGCUGAGCUCUUGUUUGUAUAUCAAGCAUUUUGGCAAAAAAAACUGCUAAAAAAAUAUGGCAAUGAGGUGUUGUUUUUGGAUGCAACAUACAAAACGACACGAUAUUCUUUACCUUUGGUUUUUUUGGUUGUCAAAACAAAUGUGCAUUAUCAAAUUGUAGCAACCUUUGUUAGAGAAAGUGAAACUUUUGAAUCAAUAUCUGAAGCACUUGUUAUCUUAAAGCCUUGGGAUGAAGAUUUGCAACUUCUUUAUUGCAUGACUGAUUAUUGUAAUGCUGAGAUACGUGCUCUCAAAACUAUUUUAUUGGUGCGCAUUUGUAAAACAAGUUUAGUAUUUAUUUAUUUUACAUGAAGUUAAUUUAACUAUACAAACAUCCAAUGCAUCAACUUGUUUUGAAUAUAUUUUUUAGGAUGUAAGGUAUUUAUAUGUGACUUUUACAGAGAAAAGUCUUGGGACCGUUGGCUAAAAAAGCUAUCAAAUGGUUGCUCUAACAGAAAAGAUGACAUUUUAUGUAUUUUAAGACGACUCGCUUGGUCAAAGUCAAUUGACGAGGAAGAAAAUGCUCAAAGAAUAUUGGAACAGUCUAAACUCUGGAGUCAAGAAAGCUUUACUAAGUUUAAACAAUAUAUAGAAAAGUAUUGGCUCCCAAUUAAAAAAGUAUGUAAAGUAUAAAAUUUUUGAAGCAAGUAAAACGUUUAAUAUGGAUUUAUAUCAAAAUACAGGCAGAUUCAACAAA